AUGACGAAAAUACCCUUCCUCCUCCCAUUCCUCCUUAUCCACCUCCUCCUCCGCCCCGCGGCCGCCGAGAUCAAGUCCCUCAAGAUCACCUCCGAUUCCCGGGCCAUGAUCCUUUUUGAGCGAUUCGGCUUCACGCACACCGGCCACGCUAACAUUUCCGUUUCUUCCGUGGCCGUAAUCUCCUCCGUCGCCUCGCCAGAUCCAUCCCGCCUCGGUUUUUUCCUCCUAACAGAGGAAUCCCUCAUCCAAGUGCUCUAUGAGCUCCAGCAGAACCCUUCUUUUUGCGUCCUCGAUUCGAAAUACGUCGACUUGUUAUUUACUUUCAGGGACCUAUCCCCUCCUCCCCGCUCCUCCUCCUCACAUUCGUACCCGAUUUCCUCUCCUAAUGAAUACUCCCUUUUCUUUGCCAAUUGUGCCCCUGAAUCCACUGUUUCAAUGGAUGUCACGACCGAGCUUUAUAAUCUUGAUGAUCGUGGUAGCGUCAAGGAUUACUUAUCUGCUGGACUUACCCAGCUGCCCACCCUGUAUUCAUUCUUUUCAAUUCUUUAUUUUGUUUUCUUUUGGUUCUGGGUUUCUUUUUGUUUUAAAAAUAGGAAGUCUGUGCAUAGGAUACAUGCCCUGAUGGGGCUUUUGGUAAUUAUUAAGGCAUUUAAUUUGCUUUGUGCUGCUGAGGAUAAGCAUUAUGUGAAGGUUACAGGCACCCCUCAUGGAUGGGAUAUUUUGUUUUACAUUUUCCAGUUUAUUAGGGUGAUAUUGUUGUUUACGGUGAUCAUUUUGAUCGGUACUGGGUGGUCGUUCUUGAAGCCGUUCUUGCAGGAGAGGGAGAAGAAAGUGUUGAUGAUCGUGAUCCCGUUGCAGGUGUUGGCAAAUGUGGCUUCCGUUGUGAUUGGGGAAACUGGGCCCUUUAUUAAGGAUUGGGUGACAUGGAAUCAGCUUUUCCUGUUGGUGGAUAUUAUCUGUUGCUGUGCGAUUCUUUUCCCGACUGUGUGGUCUAUCAGAUCUCUGAGGGAGACGUCAAAGACUGAUGGGAAGGCUGCAAGGAACUUGUCUAAAUUGACCCUUUUUAGGCAGUUUUAUAUUGUGGUUAUUGGGUACUUGUACUUCACGAGGAUUGUGGUGUUUGCGCUCAGGACCAUUACUGCUUACAAGUACCAAUGGGUGUCGAAUGCAGCUGAGGAGAUUGCAAGUCUUGCAUUUUAUGCUGUAAUAUUCUACAUGUUUAGGCCGAUGGAGAAGAACGAAUAUUUUGCCCUUGAUGAGGAGGAACAGGCAGCAGAGAUAGCUCUUCGGGAGGAAGAAUUUGAGCUCUAA